AUGGCUGAAGAAGAGCAUUUUGAUGCAUCUGCAUCAGCAUCCGAACCAGUUGGAUAUCCAGGAGGACCAUAUGAUACGUCUCUGUUAGUUAAGUACGAACAACAUAUUGCAUGCCGUAUAUGGUUCGGUCAGGAGAGAGGGUCGAAGAAAGAAUUAAAGGUGGUUGGACAUGGGUUGAAGUUGGCUCAAAGGGUUCCACUACAGCUACCUAGAGAGAUGGAGAGAUGGAUAUCUAGGUCUGGUUUAGCUUCACUACAGAAACCAGUUUAUCAAAGAUAG